AUGAAGGGUGUUUGUCUCUGUGUAGCCAAGGGAGGUGGUGUGUUGAAUGAUAAAAGAAAGAAGGAUAAACGACAACAGCAUCAAGAGAGACAGGUCGAUCCGAGUAAGAUCAAUCAUUUCUCACGAAUCAAUCAAUUCUACAAUGACAACAAACAUCUCGUUGAUGAGGAUGCAAUCAAGAAGUUGAAAAAGACACCAUUGGCAUUGUUGUUUGCCUAUAUUGGCACAGGAUACAAUGGUCUAGAGUAUAGAAUGUCAAAUGAUGCAGUGGGUCUGGAGAAUGUUUUGGAGCAAGCAUUGUUCAAGGCUGGAAUGAUCCUGCCCUCGAACCUGGGUGACCCCAGUCGCAUCAAAUGGAAUCGUUCCAGUCGCACGGACAAAGGUGUUCAUUCACUAUGCACCCUUAUCACUGCCAACUUGGAGAUCUCCACAUACAAGGUGCAGGGGGAGGUUGAGGAUGUUGUCGUUGAUGUUGGUGUUGGUGUUGAGGAGGUUGGUGAGCAAGUAGUAGUUGAGUUGGCGGCGGCGGAGGCAACAACGAUCAUCACACUUGAGGAGUAUAUGCAACCACAAUUCAUUGGCAAUCAUUCAUAUCACAACUUCACAAUGCAUCGAAAGACCUAUAAAGGUACCUUGGGAGAUACAGUCAUCAAACAACAACAUAAAGAUAGUGGACACGAUGCCGCCAAGUCAUCAGAUGAUGAGGAGGGGGAGGAGGCUGGCGAAUUAACUAAGGGCACGUCCGAGUGGAUGUCCAGCCCAAUGGAGCGCGAUAUCGAGUUGGCAUGGUUCUCCCUCAAUCCAAGGAAUAUGAGGAAGAUAUACUCAUUCAAGUUGGUCGAGUUGCCAACUAAAGAUGGUGACGUUGAGCCACUGGUCAGGUUUGAGAUACAUGGCGAAUCAUUCAUUCAAUACCAAAUCAGGAAGAUGAUUGGAUUCGUCUUGGCAUUGUCCAAUGGAUAUUGUAAGGAUACAAGGAUCAUGGAGAUGGCAUUAUGUUCGCCAUAUUCAGUUAGAUCACCUAUUGCACCGGCCACGCCAUUAUACCUGUUUGAUAUGACGCUGAAGGAGAGGACAUCGACAACACCCAUGCAACUAUUCGACAAAUCGUCAACAUCCACAUUGAAGGAGCAGUUCUGCGUCGAUCAACUCUAUCCACAUUUGGCCGACUUGAAUCGUGCAGAUCCAUACUUUGACCGAUUCAUCGAUGAGCUGCGGUCUCACCUUUACACCUUUGAGAACCAAGACAUCGACAACCUCUACGCCAACUACCUUGGACAUCGUCAAGAGUUCGAGGCCAACAAGCUACUGAGGCAGCAGAAGAGGAAGGACAAGGCCACCGCAUCCAAGACAUGUGAAUAG